UUCAGGCCGGCAGUCUGGGCUUGAUUGUCGUCUGCUGCGCGGGCUACAUGUGGAAUAUCAUUCGAGGAUCGCCCUUCGUGCAGGUGCAGGGAGAUGGUAAGAUUGAGUACUUUUCGAGGCAAUUUCAACAUCAGUUGGCUGUGGAGACUCUGAUCGUUGCCGCCCUCUACAGCCUUCUAGCAUUCUCAAUUGUGGCUCUCAUUCUCUUGGUCCCCAGGCAAAGAGACCCAACAAAGCAGCGAGCAGGGGUGUAUGUGUGGAGUGUUAUUCUCCUCGCGGGUAUCAGCGUCCUCUUUGCUGUGUUUAGGAUCAAGAAUCCUUCGUACCCCUUCCGGCUUUUCUUGUAAGG